ACAAUAAAGCCUACCAUCGCGCGGGAACCGCCGGAGAAGACGGAUAGGGAAAGUUUCUCGUGCUCCUCGAUAUCAACGACGUCCUCCUGUUUCUCCUCGGAGCCAUCGUGCCCAUCGGUGCCUCCACGUCCGGCCAUCCACACAUCGCAGCUAUCAACCUCAUCAACAUUAUCAACCACCAGCCGGUUCAGCGACUAUCAGUCCGCUGCCGUGGAUGUAGCCGUGCCGUAUCAGGCGCCAGACCAGCACCGGACCGCAGGAGACGGCCGUAUCAGCAUCGCGAGCAACGCGGUUUCACCAAUCUGCGGCGAGGCUAAAGGGCAGCAAGUCGAAGCGCGAGCGGCAGCCACGCAAAGCCACACAACGAUUGACGACGGUGGCGGUGGCUGCUGGGGCGGCGGCGGAGGCGGAGGAGGAGGCGGCAGCGGCGGCGGUAGUGGUGGAGACGGUGAAGGUGAAGGCGAAGGUUGCAGUCGCAUCAUCAUCGGUGGUGCAACGACCGCGAGCUGCGAGCAAACCGUUAUCGACGUGGGUGAUAGCAGCCAAGAACCAUCUGCUACUCCCACGCUUCCGGUUGCCGUGUCGCGCAAGGUCAGACGCAGCCGUAGCAAACGCACACCGGACACGGAUUCGCCGGGUGACGCUAGCGCACGGUCGGCGGAGCGCACGGUAAGCGCGGCUACGAACCAGUCAACAGCUGCUGCCGGUGAUCCCGGACCGGAGCUCGAGAGCACGGGCACGCCGGCGGACACUGCCCAGCGUGUAGCGGAGUUGCCAACACACGGUUCUACACUGAAGGGGAGCGAGGAAGGCGAAACGGUGCCACCAUCGUCGGCCUCCUCCUCCUCUUCUUCCGCUUCGUCGAACAUCGGCGAAGACGGAACGGAGCUUGCUGGAGCUAAGGGGGUGGCGACAACGAACGCCGACAACGACGAACACGACGCUGACACCAGCGACGGCCUAACCAGUGAGGCCAAGGACAAAGUCAACCGACCGGACACCGGGAGUGCCUCUGCGGACGAUAAAACGCCCUGCGGCGAGGAAUCGGUCACCGAGCGGUCACAUCAGCGAGCCGAGCAAACGAACGACGGGGAGGAGCGCGAGGGCACGCAACGGGACGAUACACCGCCAGUGCCGGAAAACACCGACACAAUGCCCGUACGCGUGGACAUCGUUCCCCCGCCACCAAACAACUCCAAACAGCUCGGCGUCACCAAGUCGCUGCUCUACAAUGGCUCCAAGUUUCGUGGCUUCCAAAAGUCCAAGGGCAACGCGUACGAGGUGGAGGUUGUCCUACAGCACGUCGACGAAGUCAACUCGUACCUCUGCGGAUACCUGAAGAUAACCGGCCUGACAUUCGAGUUUCCGACCCUCACCACCUUCUUCGAUGGGGAAAUCAUCUCGAAAAAGUAUCCCUUUCUGACGCGCAAAUGGGACGCGGACGAGGAUGUAGAUAGGAAGCAUUUUGGAAAGUUUGCUGCCUUCAGCGAGUACCAGAAAACGUUCAACUCGGACGAUUUCGACUAUGACGCGUUAGCGAAGAGUGAUUUUGUGUUUAUGCGCUGGAAGGAACACUUUUUGGUACCUGAUCAUAAGAUAAAAGACAUCAAUGGAGCGUCGUUCGCAGGGUUCUACUACAUCUGCUUCCAGAAGUCGCAGGCCGUUAUGGAAGGAUACUACUACCAUCGAUCGUCGGAAUGGUACCAAUCUUUAACGCUGCAACACGUGGCCGAGUCGUGUAUUCAGAUUUACGAAUUUAGAUAAUUUCAACACGGCAGAAUCUAAGCAACCUUAGUCCCGGCUUCACUCCCAGCCUCCGAGCGUCGCCGCGUCUCGCGUCCCAAGCGGAUGUUCACUAUCAGCACCAGAUGCGGUUCUUUAGCAAAACCUCGUUAAGGCUGGGAAUGUUGUUUACUUAAAUGGAUAAUUUUGCCCCACUCACUGGAACCACGUUCCAUUUUUUUCUUUCUCUCUCUCCUUCUUAUUUGACCACUAACGAACUUCUUAACGACGAGCACAACGAAUCGAGCCCAGUGCCCGACAAUAUUCAACAUCUUCUUCUAACCUCUCUCUGAUGCUUCAACUGACACACAAACAGUUGAAAUGCCCCACAACUGACCUUCAAAGUGUGAACACUUUUGAUUAUUAUUAUUAUUAAUUAUUUUACUUAUUUUUGUUGAACUUUUGAAAUAGCGUUAGGCUCCACCGGAAUUUGGGCCGCAGAGAUUCAAUCUAACAUUUAUUUACGGGGAAUAGUACUGUACGUGCGGUGGAUAGUAGUGAAUUUUUUUUUUUUAUAAAGUACCCUAAAGCAAAAACACGUUCUAGUUUCGGUUUUGUUUUACAAACGAAAACAUUUUUUCUGAAAAAUGAAACUGAUCUCCGAUUACUGAACCAUCUCUCUCCGCUUGCCUCUUGCCAGCAAAUCGAGUUGCGUCGGUUAAGCUUAACAACAGGGCGUUCACAAACAGCUGCAUUGGUUUUUUGGGUUGCUGCACCAAAUAGUAGAAAAGGCAAAAAAUGCCAAGGAAGGUUUCUUCGGUUUCGCUUUGAUGAUGGACGCUGGCAGUUCACGAACGGUGUUGAUGCUCUUGUGAGGAAUCGUCGAGUGUUAUGUCGAUUGCGAAGGAUGCGAUCAAUUGUAGGAUUUGGAUCAGGGUCGUGUGCUGCUGGUCGGGAUCGAGCAAGCUAGUUCUUAACAUUUGUCGAAAGCGGCAAUAAGUCUUAGAAAAUUUCUUACACGGUUUGAUUUAUUGCCACACAAAUCACAAAGCUGAACUGUUGCCAACCUUGCCCAACAUAUGUGUUUAGUUUCGACUGAGAUUUAAGCUUUCCUUUCCCUUAAGAGGCGGCUGGACACCUGUGGCCUUGGUAACCUUGAGCCAGACGACCGGACAAACCCCCCCGGAUCUUUCUCGACGCUAGUAAAAGAUAAGGAACGCUGCCAUCGACGCUAACGACGGGAGGUGGGCGUGCAUGAGUAGAACGACUAUUUUUAAAUCAGUAAUUUUGUGCCCCGUAUUGUUGAAAGAAAUGGUCAACACUCAUAAAUCUGAUUUUUGCACUCUUCACUUUGUGCAUCGCAGAUGCAAAUGAUACGUUCGGGUAAAGAGAAAGAAUUGUGUAUCUUGCAGGCACAAUAGAACGGAGCGAAUGCAGGCAAACGGAACUGAUGAGAUGUAGCAAAGAAGGAAGCUAUAGAGUAUGGGGGAUGCAAGCGGGCGAGGGGGAAACACCCCUACAUAGAGGCAAACAAAAUAAUAUUGAAGGAAGCUAAAACUGGCGAUAAACCAACAAAUUGUGCACAAUCGCUCGAUUUGUGUGCCGGACGCUGAUAUUGUGCGGGUACACUUGGGGAUAGGGAACAUAUAUUAUCGUAAAAAUUCAACAAAAAACAACACAAAAAAAACAAAAAGAAAGAAAAUAAACCUCUAAAUACACCCUAUAGUCUAAUAGAGUUAAAGGGAUAGUAAGAUUAUGGAAUAAAUUCUAAAAAACAAACGAAACUCAAACCCCUGUUUGCUGCAGUUUGGUUCGUUUGACUCACACUUUCACCCAGCGAUUGAUGACAUUCUGCACUAGAUUGCGAAAUGUAGUAAUUAAACCCA